UUUAGUACCUUACUGGUAGUGACAUUCCGGUAUUCGGCUGUAGUGGUCGUUGUUAUUUGUGUGGAAAAUUUACGAAGCAGGACCGGACUUAACCAUGUGGCGAAUAAUAAUGACGAGUUUGUUGUACGUUGUUGUGAUCGAUGGACGACCGAUGGAGCCCUUGGAAGGGCCCCUGUGGCAGGAUAUGUCCAUUUCGAUGCCGGAAAUUGCGAUCAGAAGACAUCCGGAUGAUCACAGUCAACGAAACUUACAACAAAACAUAUACAAUCCAGACGUCGACUACGACCUCCUCCCACCCCAAUUCGCCAACAAACGCGCUAUCACGAUGUUCUCCCGUUGGAGUCCCAUCAGCUCCAUCGGCAAGCAAAGAACUCCAAUUCGCAGCAACCCCAACACGUUUUCCUCCCAAUCCCGAGACCGACAGCACGGCCAACCACUACGAUGGGGUUAAACGGAGCGUCGCGACGCUUCCCGACGCCAUUACGACACACAUUCAAUUAAAAAUAAUUUUAUCUUAAUCAAAAAAGUACAUAUAUCAGGCCUACAUCCGCCAACUUUACGCCCAUCAACGGCUCUACUUUCCAUAAAUAUAUACACAGUGUCUCGAAUAAUGGCCGGGAAAGUCGUCCAUUUUACACAAAGACUGCGGUGAUUCGAAUUUUCAUUUGGUCCUUGAGUUGAUUGUCAAAAAUUGUGCAAUAAUGAUGUAUAUGCAUGUGUUUUGUUGGACUUGUGUAUAAUUUAUUAAGUGUUUUGUGUUUAUUGCUAUGUAUUGUUAUGUCAAACGUUAAAUAGAGAAUUC